AUGAAUGUGUCUGAUGAGUCCUCCUAUCACGAGGAGGUGCUUCUGGGUAACUCCACCUGGGCUUACUCGUACUUUCACCAAAACUACACCCUGCCCCCUCCGCUACUACCAGACAAGACGAGCACUUCCAAACCUGCAGCAUGCGAGCAGGUCCACAUCGCUGUGGAGGUCUUUCUAAUCCUGGGUAUCAUCUCCCUGCUGGAGAACAUCCUGGUAAUCACCGCCAUAGUGAAGAACAAGAAUCUCCACUCACCAAUGUACUUCUUCGUCUGCAGCCUGGCAGUAGCAGACAUGCUGGUAAGUGUGUCCAACGCCUGGGAGACAAUCAUCAUUUACCUCCUAAACAACAGACAGCUGGUGGUGGAGGAUCACUUCAUCAGGCAGAUGGACAAUGUGUUCGACUCUAUGAUCUGCAUCUCUGUGGUUGCGUCAAUGUGUAGCCUCCUGGCCAUCGCUGUGGACAGGUACGUCACCAUAUUCUAUGCACUGAGGUACCACAACAUCAUGACAGUGAGGAGAGCCGGUUGCAUCAUCGGCGGUAUCUGGACCUUCUGCACAGGCUGUGGGAUCGUCUUCAUCAUCUACUCAGACACCACACCCGUCAUCAUCUGCCUGGUCUCCAUGUUCUUCGCCAUGCUGCUUAUCAUGGCCUCCCUCUACAGCCACAUGUUCAUGCUGGCUCGUUCGCAUGUCAAGCGCAUCGCCGCCCUGCCCGGCUACAACUCCAUCCACCAGCGGGCCAGCAUGAAGGGGGCCAUCACGCUCACCAUCCUGCUGGGGAUCUUCAUCGUCUGCUGGGCUCCCUUCUUCCUCCACCUGAUCUUGAUGAUCUCCUGUCCGCGGAACCUCUACUGCGUGUGCUUCAUGUCGCACUUCAACAUGUACCUCAUCCUCAUCAUGUGCAACUCUGUGAUUGACCCACUGAUCUACGCCUUCAGGAGUCAGGAGAUGAGAAAGACUUUUAAAGAGAUCAUCUGCUGUUACAGUCUUAGAAACGCCUGUACCAGCAUCUGUGCUCUGACGGGUAAGUACUGA